AUGUCUUUGGCAGUCUACGCUCUGCUCAUCAUCCUGUGCAAUGUUUGGUGCUUGAUCAGUGGGGCUUUUGUGGUGGUCCCAGAUGUUGCUGUGAGAUGUGCUGAAGAAGUGCUGCUGCCCUGUAAAGUUCUUCGGGAUUCCUCAAUCACCUAUCAGACAGCAUCUUGGUACAAAAUGGCUAGAGAUGGCGAAGAAAUAGCAUGGAAAGUCCUUGAUGUGGAAUCUCAUUAUCCCAAAGAAAUUGGGGGAUCCCUGGAGCUCUCCAACGACACCUUUUCACUGAGGAUCAUAAACGCAACCAGCCAAAACAGCGGGACAUACAAGUGCACUUUGGGGGAACAGAGUGGAGAACGUAAUCUGAGCAGCACAGUCACAUUAAAAGUAACAGGUUGCCCUGGAAUAGAAGAUGAAAAAUUAAAAAAAUACAAAGCCGAGCUUUUCAUGCUGACUUGCCUUGGGAUUUUUUACUUGCUGCUCAUCUUUUUUACCUGUACAUGUCUAAGAAAAGAGAAUAUGUCUGCCAAUGAUCAAAAAACCAGACCAGAUAUGAAACACAUGCUCACCCUCAUCAAUGUACAUGAAAUGACAACUUUCCAGGAUUUAAACAGCAACAGUACUUGCAAAAAUGAGCUUACUUCAAGUUCUGUCUAA